GUCAGCCAUGUUAGUUUCCUGACUCGUUCACAAACGAUGCGAGAGGAGCCAUGGCCUUGUCAUUGAGUGGAGACGAAGAGGAAUAUGAUUCAGAGUCGGAGCAGCAGAGGGCAGCCAACCGGCCGAAGCCCAAGAUGGGGACGACGUCGGCCGUCAAGCUCCCGUCCAACCGCAGCUCGUCCAGCGCGCGGCGCAGGAGGACGCGCUGCCGGAAGUGCGAGGCGUGUCUCCGGACUGAGUGCGGAGAGUGUCACUUCUGCAAGGACAUGAAGAAGUUCGGAGGGCCCGGGCGCAUGAAGCAGUCGUGCAUCAUGAGACAGUGCAUCGCGCCCGUCCUGCCUCACACGGCGGUGUGCGUGGUGUGCAAAGAGGCGGGGAAGGAGGACACGCUGGAGGAGGAGGAGGAGAAGUUCAACUUCAUGCUCAUGGAGUGCUCCAUCUGCAACGAGAUUGUCCAUCCCAACUGCCUCAAGGUGACCGACGCGUCGGGAGUGGUGAACGACGAACUCCCCAACUGCUGGGAAUGUCCCAAAUGCAACCACGCAGGCAAAAGUGGGAAAGUAUUGAAGCAAAAAAGGGGUCCGGGCUUCAAGUACGCCUCCAACCUCCCCGGCUCUCUGCUGCGGGAACAGAAGCCUGUGAAGGAGGAGGGAGACGCGUCCACCGCGGCCAAGAGGAGGCCGGACCGAGAGGAGACGCCCAGGAACCGACCCGAGUCUCUGGCGGAGUCUCUGCACCGGCAGCCGCCGCUGCUGUCUCCCAGCAGCCUACCCAGGCAGAGACCCGAGGACCGACUGAGGAGGAAGAGGAAGCUGUUUGACGACGAGGAAGAGGAUCUCAUUUUGAGGAAGAAGGAAAUGUCAGACGAUCCGUACUUCUCCAAACUUCUGCACCACAUCAAAACGGAAGAGGACGAAGACGCGUACAAGGAGGAGGAGGAAGACGGGCGAGACCCUCACUUCCGGAACGGCGCGGAGAGGAGGGGGCGUUUAGGAGACGCCGAAGAGGAAGCGGACGACCGGGACUCCAAGAAUGAACUUUUAAAUCGCUGCGUUAAAACACCAGUCGGGGACAGUGACCAGUCUCACUGCAGCUCCCCACAGGCCGGCCCCAGCAGCGAGGGCAGCAGCGAGACCCAGGAGAAAGGUCAGCGUCCGAAAGCGCGCCGCAAGCGCCGCCUCCCGAACCGGGAGCUGAGCCGAGAACUGAGCAAAGCACUGAACCAGGAGAUCCAGAAGACGGAGGACUGCCUGGCCAACGAGAACCGACAGCCCCUCAAGGUGGAGCCGGAGACGGAGAACGAGGAGCCCAAGAGGCUGUUCCGCAACGGCAGCGACCUCGGGGACCCGAGGCCGCACCUCAAGAGCAAGGAGAUGAACGGGACGCCGUGGGAGCUGAGGCACUUCUACCCGAGCCAGAUCACGCCGCUGGGUUUCAACCGGAGCACGCCGACCAACCGGCCGGUGCCGCCGCGGUCCCCGCCCAAGUGUGUCCAGAUGGAGCGGCACGUCAUUCGCCCGCCUCCGAUAAGCCCGCCGCCGGACCGGCUGCCCCUCAAAGACGGGAAGACGCACGUCAUCCAGCGCGAGGACUGGAUGAAGAUCUUCCGCUUCCUCUCGCACAAGGAGCUGUGUGUGUGCAUGAGAGUCUGCAAGACGUGGAACAGAUGGUGUUGUGAUAAGAGACUUUGGGCCAAAAUCGAUCUGAACCGCUGCACCUCCGUCACUCCGCUCAUGCUCAGCGGGAUUAUCCGGCGACAGCCGAUCUGCCUCGACCUGAGCUGGACCAACAUCUCCAAAAAACAAUUAAGCUGGCUCAUCAACAGACUCCCAGGUCUGCGGGUGUUAAAGUUAUCGGGCUGCUCUUGGGCCGCCGUGUCCGCGCUCUGCACCUCCAGCUGUCCCCUGCUGCGCACUCUGGACGUGCAGUGGGUCGAGGGACUCAAAGACGCACAGAUGAGGGACCUGCUCUCGCCCCCAACAGAUAAUAGACCAGGUCAGCUGGAUAACCGGUGCAAGUUGCGUAACCUGGAGGACCUGCGCCUGGCGGGGCUGGACAUCACGGACACGUCGUUACGCCUCAUCAGUCGUCAGAUGCCCCUGCUGUCCAGGCUGGACCUGAGCUACUGCAACCACAUCAACGACCAGUCGGUGAACCUGCUGACAGCAGCGGGCACCACCACCAGAGAUUCCCUCACAGAAAUCAACCUGUCCGUUUGUAACCGCGUCACGGACCAUUCCCUAAACUUUUUCAAGCGCUGUGGAAGCAUCUGUCAGAUAGACCUCCGCUACUGCAAGCAGGUGACCAAGGCGGCCUGUGAAAGGUUCAUUGCGGAAAUGUCCGUGAGCGUCCCGUUUAGACUGAGAGAGGACAAACUGCUGCAGAAGGCGAGCUAGUUUCCCGACCUGGGGGACAACAGCGAUGGAAAAGACCGUCUUUGCACUUAAUGGAACCCCCCACCUGUUGUUAAACUGGUCAAACAAACUCAAGUGAUCUCUGCACGGAGACCUUUUUAGAUACGAACCGUUGUUAAGUAAAAAAAAAAGGGGACAGAGGACACGGCGUGCAUGUAUUGUGCUGAGAUUGUAUUUUCUUUUUCUUUUCUUUUUUUUUUAUAAAAACGUGCUUGUAAGUGAUGGUUGGGUUGUUUAUUUUUAAUCUUUAAAUAUUUAAAAAUUUAAAAAAACCCAGUAUUUUUUUUUUAUAUAUAUAUAAAAAUAUAUAUAUAUAUAAGCAUCAUUUCAUGAGUUUACAGCGUGUCUCAGGAGCGAAAUGUCGCGGAGAAAGUGUUUGGCAUGUGAGCGAGGGAGUCUUCAAAAACAACAGUGUCUCUAUGUGCCAUCCUUUGUAUCAGUGUAAUAUAUCGCGGGGGGGGAAAUAACAUGUACAGUAAUAUCUGAAUAAAUUAUCAUAAAACUUACUGAAUAUUUAGAAUAUAAAUCAAUAUGGACAGAACAAAUGCAGUUGGUGUUUGAUGGGGUUUCAUCGACAUUUCGACAUUAAUUUAUUGUUUGUAUUUAUUCUCUCUCGGUAAUUUGACUCAGAGCUGGGUCAAACCACUUUUGCGGGGGGGUGGAUUUGGUGGCUUUCACACCCAAAUCUACGUGUUCUGAUCCAUUUACCUCAUUAUGACUUCCAAUAAAACAGUCCACUCCACAUAGCAUAUCCUCUAUACAGGUUUAUAUAAGCCACUAUUUAAGACCCUUGCGAGUAGCUCACUUGCAGACAUUGCUAAGCCUGCGCGUACAGUGGGUGUGUUGUGUAUUUUGGGUGUCGUCGUGUAAUCACCUCCAGUGAAUGUGAUGUUUAUAUUUGUAAAUCGAAAACAAAAAAAACCAAGUGCUAAUAUGCAUUAAAAACUAAGUUCAUUCGUACCAUCA